AUGGUCACUGGGAAAGCCGUCCGGGCAGCGCGGGGAGGUGGCGGCUGGUUUCGAUGGGUGGAGGAGAAAGGCAUCUCACACCCACGGUGCCCUCCCUCUCUCCCCCUCUCUCUCCCGGCCCUGGCAACCUGCGGGCACUGCCAGCUCGCUCCUGCCCCCAACCCUCUCGGCAAGGAAGAGGACCUUGGGCUGGGGGCCAGAGGGAACAGAAAGAAAGAACAUUAUUUCUUACACUACCCCAGGCCCAGGUGCCCCGCUGGGAGAGUCACCCUGUCCCAUGGAAGGACUCCCUUCUACACACACACACUCCCACCCAGAUCCCAGCCCCAGUGA